AUAGACGCACGGGCAAUUGAAUUCAAAAAGGGCAGGCCUCCUGCGCCCUCUUUCCCACCCCCUUUCCUGCCCAGGGUGUGGAGCACGGGCCAGGUGUAGGCUUGGGUUGGUUGGUUACCGCCUUUUGCACCAUCGGCGGCGAGGAGGGGGAGGUGGGCGCUCUUUCUUUUUCUCUUAGAAGAGGGUUUAGCACAGGUUUUCUUGUUCUCGCUUACACCCCACCUCGCCGCCUCCUGACCCCCCUUCUCCCCCUCCCCACCUAUCAUCAUGACGGCGUCUCCCGAUUACUUGGUGGUGCUUUUUGGGAUCACUGCUGGGGCCACCGGGGCCAAGCUGGGCUCGGAUGAGAAGGAGCUGAUUCUGCUGUUAUGGAAAGUCGUGGAUCUGGCCAAUGAAAAGGUGGGACAGUUGCACGAAGUACUAGUUAGACCGGAUCAGUUGGAGCUGACGGAGGAUUGUAAAGAAGAAACUAAGAUCGACGCCGACAGCCUGCCCUCGGCGCCGCAGCUUGACCAAGCCCUCCGACAGUUUAACCAGUCAGUGAGCAAUGAACUAAAUAUUGGGGUAGGAACCUCCUUCUGUCUGUGUACUGAUGGGCAGCUUCAUGUCAGGCAAAUCCUGCAUCCUGAGGCUUCCAAGAAGAAUGUGUUAUUGCCUGAAUGCUUCUAUUCCUUUUUUGAUCUUCGAAAAGAAUUUAAGAAGUGUUGCCCUGGUUCACCUGAUAUUGAUAAACUGGAUGUUGCGGCAAUGACAGAGUGUUUAAAUCUUGAGAAGACUAGUUCAGUCUCUCGGUAUGGAGCCUCUCAUGUUGAAGAUAUGGGGAAUAUAAUUUUAGCAAUGAUUUCAGAACCUUACAGUCACAGGUUUUCAGAUCCAGAGAGAGUAAAUUACAAAUUUGAAAGUGGCACUUGCAGCAAGAUGGAACUUAUUGAUGACAACACUGUCGUCAGGGCGCGAGGUUUACCAUGGCAGUCUUCAGAUCAAGAUAUUGCAAGAUUCUUCAAAGGACUCAAUAUUGCCAAGGGAGGUGCAGCACUUUGUCUGAAUGCACAGGGGCGAAGGAAUGGAGAAGCUCUAGUUAGGUUUGUAAGUGAGGAACACCGAGACCUAGCACUACAGAGGCACAAACAUCACAUGGGGAGCCGGUACAUUGAGGUUUACAAAGCAACAGGUGAAGAUUUUCUUAAAAUUGCUGGUGGUACAUCCAAUGAGGUAGCCCAGUUUCUGUCCAAGGAAAAUCAAGUCAUUGUCCGCAUGCGGGGCCUCCCUUUCACAGCCACAGCUGAUGAAGUAGUGGCCUUCUUUGGACAGCAUUGCCCCAUCACAGGGGGAAAGGAAGGCAUCCUCUUUGUAACCUACCCAGACGGUAGGCCAACAGGGGAUGCUUUUGUCCUGUUUGCCUGUGAGGAAUAUGCACAGAACGCAUUGAGGAAGCACAAGGACUUGCUGGGUAAAAGAUAUAUUGAACUCUUCAGGAGCACAGCAGCUGAAGUUCAGCAGGUGCUGAAUCGAUUCUCUUCGGCCCCUCUUAUUCCACUUCCAACCCCUCCCAUUAUUCCGGUACUACCUCAGCAAUUUGUGCCCCCUACAAACAUUAGAGACUGUAUACGCCUUCGAGGUCUUCCAUAUGCUGCCACAAUUGAGGACAUCCUCGACUUUCUGGGGGAGUUUUCCACAGAUAUUCGAACUCACGGGGUUCACAUGGUAUUGAAUCACCAGGGCCGCCCAUCAGGAGAUGCCUUUAUCCAGAUGAAGUCUGCGGACAGAGCAUUUAUGGCUGCACAGAAGUGUCAUAAAAAAACCAUGAAGGACAGAUAUGUUGAAGUCUUUCAGUGUUCAGCUGAGGAGAUGAACUUUGUGUUAAUGGGGGGCACUUUAAAUCGAAAUGGCUUAUCCCCACCGCCAUGUAAGUUACCAUGCCUAUCUCCUCCCUCCUACACAUUUCCAGCUCCUGCGGCAGUUAUUCCUACAGAAGCUGCCAUUUAUCAGCCCUCUGUGCUUUUGAAUCCACGAGCACUGCAGCCCUCCACCGCAUACUACCCAGCAGGCACUCAGCUCUUCAUGAACUACACAGCAUACUAUCCCAGGAAGAAGAAUAGGGAGGAAACCAUGCUAAUUGUCAGCUGGCCAUCUUUUGAAGCCCCCCAGGUUCGCCCAAUAGUCUUGGCUACUUCCCUACAGCUGCUAAUCUUAGCGGUGUCCCUCCACAGCCUGGCACGGUGGUCAGAAUGCAGGGCCUGGCCUACAAUACUGGAGUUAAGGAAAUUCUUAACUUCUUCCAAGGUUACCAGUAUGCAACCGAGGAUGGACUUGUACACACAAAUGACCAGGCCAGGACUCUACCCAAAGAAUGGGUUUGUAUUUAAGGGCCCCAGCAGUUAGACCAUCCUCAGAAAAGAAGUGUUUGAAAGAUGUAUGGUGAUCCUGAAACCAUCAGACUUUAGACAUCUAGCAACUUCAGGUGAAGUUUGUCUACACUCAGGCUGCAGUAUUUUCAGCUAACAUGAUUGGACAGUGGGCCUGUGCCCUAUCUUACGGUGGAGUGAAAAAUUUGAGCCAGUGAAGCCAAAUCCUUAGAGCAAGCAGCAUGCCUGGCUCCUUGCUGAUUGCAAAUAGGCAUUUAAAAUGUGAAUUUGAAAUCCGAUGUCUCCAUUACUUCCGGCUAAAAUGGCAUCAAAGGUAUUUCCUAAGUUUUAAGUCUUGGAAAAAAAAAACUUACUAGUGUCUACCAUCUCCACCAAGAACUCUUAUGGAAGUGUCAUUUUUGUGUGUUCCCACUCUUGACUCUCCAUCUCCCUGUCUUCUGCACAGUCAUGCCCUCUUACUGGGUAAUUCAAGAAUAAGGUCUUGGAAUACUUAAAUCACAAACUUAAGACUUAAAACUAACAUAUUCCCAGUCUGUCAGCCAUCUUAUAGGUGAAAACCAAUGAAAACAAUUUUUAAAAUACUUUGGGAUAAAUUAAAAGAAAUAGUGCACCCACCACAAAGCAUACAUAGUUGAAAAGUUGGAUCUUUUCUCUCAGCAGGUACCAGUUGUAAAUAAGAAUGAACUAGGGGCCAAAUGCAAAACCAAAAAUGAAGCAGCUAUAUGUAGUUAGUAAUUUCUAGUUUGAACUGUACCGAAUACUGAAUAUUGUGGCUUCAUAUGUAUUAUUUUAUAUUGUACUUUUCCAUUAUUGAUGGUUUAGACUUAUUAAUUAAUAGAAUUUUCAUCAUUUUUAACAACACCAAAAUGAGAAUAUUUGAACAGUAUAUUCUAGAAAGCAAUAUACUAACUGAAGUGAAUGCUUGUAUAUAUUAAUAUAGCCUUAAACCUUUUUCUCUAAUGCCUUAACUGUCAAAUAAUAAAAACUUUUAAAAGCAUAGGAUUAUAGUCAGCAUGCUAGAGUGAGAGGUAAACACUGAUAUGGUAAGAGCAGGUACUGAUGCUGUCAGUGUUUAGAACUAUGUGUUUAGUUGUGUUUAUGCUACAGAAGUGCAAUAUUAGACACUAGCUAGUACUGCUGCCUUGAGUAACUCCAAAGAGAAAAACAGGAUUUGAUUAAGUGCACAUGUUUAAGUUACUCAUAUUGUCCUGUGCUUGGAUUGCAAUGCCAUGCAGAUUUAUGUGGCUGCUAUUUUUAUUUACUUAGCAUUACUUUGAUUAACACCUUGAAUGGAGAGCUAAACAUUCCCUCUUCAGCUGACCAGCAAUGGCCCUGUAACUGCAGUAGGAAAAAACAAAAACACAUUUUGCAUGAAAAUUGAUAACUGGCACUUAAGAUCAGAAAAAAAGUUCUUUAUACUUGAUGCCUUAUGAUGCUGUCUGCCCAAAGCUCUGAAAGACUUUAAGAUUGGCAGUAAUACUUACUACAAUACUACUGAGUUUUUGUAGAAUUGUUACAUUUGAUAAUAAAAUUUGCCUGUUUAAUCUCA